GGCGGCGGCGGCGGACGGGGAGCGGCAGCCGAGCGAGGCGACGGGCGCGGCCGGAGGCGGGCGAGGCGAGGGCGGCGGCGGUGCGCGGGGCCGGCGGCGGCGGCGGCGGCGAAGGGGCGGAAGAUGGCGGACGUGCUCAGCGUCCUGCGACAGUACAACAUCCAGAAGAAGGAGAUUGUGGUGAAGGGGGACGAAGUCAUCUUCGGCGAGUUCUCCUGGCCCAAGAACGUGAAGACCAACUACGUGGUGUGGGGGACGGGAAAGGAAGGCCAGCCCCGGGAGUACUACACCUUGGAUUCCAUCUUGUUCCUCCUCAAUAAUGUGCACCUUUCUCAUCCUGUGUAUGUCCGACGCGCAGCCACUGAAAACAUUCCUGUGGUUAGAAGACCCGACCGGAAAGAUCUGCUUGGCUAUCUCAAUGGUGAAGCAUCAACGUCGGCAAGUAUAGACCGAAGUGCCCCUCUAGAAAUCGGUCUUCAGCGAUCUACUCAAGUCAAACGAGCUGCAGAUGAAGUUUUAGCAGAAGCAAAGAAACCACGAAUUGAGGAUGAAGAGUGUGUGCGCCUUGACAAGGAGAGGCUGGCUGCCCGCUUGGAGGGCCACAAAGAAGGGAUUGUGCAGACGGAGCAGAUCAGGUCUUUGUCUGAAGCUAUGUCGGUGGAAAAAAUUGCGGCAAUCAAAGCCAAAAUUUUGGCUCAGAAAAGAUCUACCAUCAAGACUGACUUAGAUGAUGACAUAACUGCUCUCAAACAGAGGAGUUUUGUGGACGCUGAGGUAGAUGUGACCUGGGAUAUUGUCAGCAGAGAGAGAGUGUGGAGGACUCGGACCACUAUCCUGCAGAGCACGGGGAAGAACUUUUCCAAGAAUAUUUUUGCAAUUCUUCAGUCUGUGAAAGCCAGAGAAGAAGGGCGUGCACCUGAGCAGCGACCGGCCCCCAAUGCAGCACCUGUGGACCCCACAUUGCGUACCAAACAGCCUAUCCCAGCGGCCUACAACAGAUAUGACCAGGAAAGAUUCAAAGGAAAAGAAGAAACGGAAGGCUUCAAAAUUGACACGAUGGGCACCUACCACGGGAUGACGCUGAAGUCCGUGACGGAGGGUGCGUCGGCCCGUAAGACUCAGACUCCUGCGGCACAGCCAGUGCCAAGACCAGUUUCUCAAGCAAGACCUCCUCCUAAUCAGAAGAAAGGUUCUCGCACACCCAUUAUCAUAAUCCCUGCCGCUACCACCUCUUUAAUAACCAUGCUGAAUGCAAAGGACCUGCUGCAGGACCUGAAAUUUGUCCCAUCAGACGAGAAGAAGAAACAGGGCUGCCAGCGAGAAAACGAGACGCUGAUACAGAGAAGGAAAGACCAGAUGCAGCCGGGGGGCACUGCGCUCAGCGUCACGGUUCCCUACAGAGUCGUAGACCAGCCCCUGAAACUCAUGCCUCAGGACUGGGACCGGGUCGUGGCCGUUUUCGUGCAGGGUCCUGCGUGGCAGUUCAAAGGGUGGCCAUGGCUCUUGCCUGAUGGAUCACCAGUUGACAUAUUUGCUAAAAUUAAAGCCUUCCACCUCAAAUACGAUGAAGUUCGUCUAGACCCCAACGUGCAGAAGUGGGAUGUGACGGUGCUGGAGCUCAGCUACCACAAGCGCCACUUGGACAGGCCGGUUUUCUUACGCUUCUGGGAAACACUGGACAGGUACAUGGUAAAGCAUAAAUCCCACUUGAGGUUCUGAAUUGCGUGGUCUCCCGGCUGGAAAUCUGGGUGAAGAAGCGUGGAUGCACCUUCAUCUAAAGACUGAGUGUCUAUGAAUUCAUCAAACACUCACCAAGGAAGAAGGUCACAGGCGAGCGGCCGAUCUCAUCCGAUGCUUUUGUCUUCAAAGGGAUCAUAUGACGCCUGUCAUUCAUAGAAGCAAACUUUUUGGCCUACAACUAUUUUUUUAAUGUUAGCCUUCUAGUCUGUAAUGGAAAUUGUAUAUUUUGAUAGAAGUUUUUUCUCCAUUGGUUAAACUAGCAUUACUUAAAACGUGUUUCUUUAGAAAACCGAGGUUGUUAAUGUGUGUAUAUUUAGAGGUUCUGAGGCUCCAGGAGCCAUCUUCUGAUUUUUCAUUGCUCUAUAAUUCCUCUCACUGGAAAUGCUGUGUUAUGGAUGGUAUUAAAUAGUAGUUUCUGGAACUUGCAAAGCCAAGCCAAGGGAUGUGACUAUUGUGAAUGACUCAGAAUGUCAGCCUGUAUGCAGACCGUAUCUAUACUUAGUCUUUACUUAACAAGGAAGAAUGAAAAAUCAAAACACUUCUUCAGCUCUGGUGGAACUGCUUAGCCUUUUCGAGACUUCCUUACUUAUAUCGAAUACAUUGAGUGAAUGUACGUUCUUCUCACUGACUUCGCUGAUUUUACAACUUAGGAGGAUCUAUUUCUAUCUGGGAUACCUUCCCACUAGGAAAAUCUCAAAACCCAUGAAAGCCCAGUAAGGCCACAGGACUUUCUAGCUGGGAGCCAGAGUGUGACUCGGGGAAGAAGUGCAUUCGCCUACUGCAGUGCCAUUUCCGCUUCCUGACUGCUCUCCUGCGCCCGCCCUCUCUGGUUCUCCCGUUAGAGGUGCGGGAUUUUGAGUCUUCUGUUCCAUUAGCCCUAAAUGCCGAUAAAGUCUCCCGGCACCAAAGAACACAGUUGCUUAAGAAGUGUCUGAACAGAAACAAGAUAAAAACACUGGUAUUUUUAUGUGCGCAUUCGAUAUCGUAUGAAAUAUAAAGCCUAUAUUUUAACUUAGUAAGUAAGAUAUUUUACUACUUCUCUACUUCAGACAGUGCUGCAUCCGUGUACAAUGAAUGAGCAUUUCCCUUGAGUCUUAACUUCCCCGUUUUUGCUACUUAAAGUAACUUGGACCCUUUAUUCCCCUAGAGAGUUUUUACCAUUAGAAACGUUGCCGAUCAUUUGUAUCAUCUCACCCCACCUCUAUUCCCCUCCGCGCCCCCCCCCCCAUCUCUCUUAGGUUGACGUAUUUUUUUUUGUAAACAUUUAACUCCCCCUCAUGUUCAGAUGCCAUUACUGAACCUCAUUUUGAAGUUGAACGCUGUCAUAAAAAUGAGAAAGCACUUAUUUAUUCUCUAAAUAACCAUGAAAAUCCAUACCAACAGGGAAUGGGAACGUACUUAUCCAUAUGGAAUUCACUGGGCUUUUCAGGAGAAAAGCGUCCAUGUUUAAAAUGACUGGAUUUUAGGGUUUCGAUGAAGUUUGAACAGAUUCUCCUCCCCCUUGCUUUUUCUUCUCUGCAUCCUCCCUUCUUGGAAAUAAAAGAAAACUUAAAUUUGUUCACAUUAGACUAUCAGCAUAGAAGUCUGUUUCCAGACUAAAUUAUGUAUUGCAUCACCUUCCUCCAUGGUCAAAUAGUCAAGGUCUAGAGUCUGUAAUAUUUUAAGGUUACCUAUUGAGACUACUACAAGUGGCCAUGAACUACCUUUCUAUAAAGAUUUUUAGUAUUUAUACUUAUGUGUGAAAUUUACUUGAUAGAGUGUGGUUAAAAUUGGGAACAUCUCCUUUAAACAGGACUUAUUUUUCUAUCUUGCAUCUGCCUUAUAUGUAUUGGAAGGCUUCUGGAAAUACCGUAAGGAAUAUUAGGAAAAGCACGAAUGUGCUCUGCCAUGUAUUUUAAAAUCAGACCCGUAGUAUGUACUUAUUUCCUUUGUCUUUUUCUUUUUUCCGCAACUCAGUCCCUUGUUUAGGUCCAUAUAAUUAAUUUGUAGCCAUUAAUUCUAAAAAACAAAACAAAAAACACCACACCCACCUCAUAGCCAAUCAUUACUCAUUCUCUCAUGACUUCAGUUGUCCAGCAGCACCUGCCACAGUGCCUUGCACGCAGUAGGCAUUCAGUCAGCAUUCACAUACACGAAUCAGUGAUGUAUUUUCAGUGUAACUGAUGUAUCCAAAAAAGAACUUUGUACUUCGUCGUAGAGUUUAAAAAUACAGAAUUGCAGGGAAAGAAGAGGCGCAGGAAAAUAUUUUAAUGGACAUGAAAUAGCCCAUUAAUAAACCUGACUUACCCAUAAGCUACCGUUAGCAGGAGCCCGCCUUGUCUUGUCCCACCAGUAAAAGCAAGCUCCGUCUCACUAUUCGGGGGGCACUUGUAGCAAGAAGCAUGUAGGGUUCCGCCGGAGCGCUCAGCCCGGACCCCAGGGGGGACUCGGUUGGGGACCUUAGAAACACCGCUGCCUAAGUUCUGGUUCUGAUUUAAUUAGUCUGGGAUGAGACCUGCUCAUCAGUAUUUCUUAAACAUUCUUCAGAAAGGAUUGAGAAUCACUGGUUUAAUUUGUUACUGAAAACGAUACCAGUAUUAAAUGUUUGCUUUUUUUCCUUUUUUUUUGGAUUACCCUUUGCACUCUAUCCCAUCUUGGUGGUAUUGGCCUCUGGUUCCCCAUGACAAAUUCAAGUUUUAUUUAUUUAAUAUAGGAGUAUUUUGCUGUUUAAUAUUUAAACAAAACAAUGUUUAAUAUAUUUCAUGAUAAACUAGUAUUAUAGUUUCUGAUUUGUUUCCCAUGUGUCCCUAUCUUUCACUGGCUUUUUUUUUUUUUUUUUUUUUACCAGCAGCAUGACAACAACCCAUGCAGAAAUAACAAAUUCAUGACGAGGAAAGCUUGGUAAUUUUUAAGGUAGAAGGAAGUAGAGUGUUAAUUUCUUAUCUGCCAUGCAGAAUUAGAGUUUGCUUAUGAAAGGAAAGAGGCAUACUUUUUGAUUGGUCUGCACAGUAAAAAGUAAAAGUAAAUUAUUUAAAUAAAAUUCAUUAUCUAAUAAACA